CCCCCUCCCUCGCAAGAACAAGGAAAGUAGAAGCGAGCUUCUCUUCCCUUCUGCCUUUCUUGUCCGGUAUAUACUCCCAAGCCUUAUUAUUUUGUAACCGUCUAGCGACAGGAGUCUCUAUACUCAACCAUGUUGACAAUGCGCAGUCCGAUCCUGCGCUACGUGCUGCUGGCAUUUGCGAUUGUCACACUCUACGGGCUGUUCCAGCACAGCUACCAGGACAAGCUCAACCUCAAGCCAUACGAGCGCGCGGUCAGCUACCAGCCAGGCGACCCGAAGCCCGUCAAGGCGUGCUUCGUGGUGCUGGCGCGGAACCGGGAUUGGUUCUCGCUGCGCCAAUCAAUGAAGCACAUGGAGGACCGGUUCAACCACCGGUACAACUACCCGUACGUGUUCCUGAACGACGAGCCGUUCACCGACGAGUUCAAGAACAUGACGCAGUCGAUGACCAAGGCCGAGGUGCUGUUUGGCCAGAUCCCGCAGGAGCACUGGUCGUACCCGGACUGGAUCGACCAGGAGAAGGCACGCGAGGAGCGCAAGAAGAUGCAGGACAACAAGGUCAUGUAUGGCGGCAACGAGUCGUACCGCCACAUGUGCCGCUUCGAGUCCGGCUUCUUCUACCAGCACCCGAUCAUGCAGCAGUUUGAGAUGUACUGGCGCCUAGAGCCUGGAAUCCAGUACCUGUGCGAUAUCAACUACGACCCGUUCCUGUACAUGAAGCAGCGCAAUAUCAAGUACGGCUGGACCAUCGGCAUCUACGAGCUGAUGAACACCGUGCCGACACUGUGGAAGUCGGUCAGAAAGUUCAUGGAGACGCACAGGGAGCUCAUUCCCGAGCACAACUCGCUGUGGUGGGUGUCGCGCGACAACGGCACCACAUACAACGGCUGCCACUUUUGGUCCAACUUUGAGAUUGCCGACCUGUCGUUCUACCGCGGCGAGGCGUACUCCAAGUUCUUUGACUUUUUGGACCACGAAGGCGGCUUCUUCUACGAGCGCUGGGGAGAUGCCCCGGUGCACUCGAUUGCCGCUGCCAUGUUCCUGCAGAAGGAGGAGGUCCACUGGUUCGAGGACAUCGGAUACCUGCACCCAGGAUGGCAGCACUGUCCCAGUGGCGACGCAUGGCUCAAGAACCGCUGCACCUGCGAUGCGUCGGACAAAGACAAGACCAUCACUAAUGCCGGCUGGGGCAAGUGCUCGCACGAGUGGAAGCUGCUGCCGGAUACGCCAGAGCACCUGCGCAAGGCGCGCGUUGACUAAAUUAAUUGCCUGUUUCUUGCAAAUAGAACGAUUCAACCCU